AUGACCAUCUUCGUUCAAGCAUCAAACGAAUCUCAGCCCGACAUUCCAUGUCUUUCACUCUCGUCUUCGGUCGAUUCCACCGAUUCAGAAGAUUCGGUUGAUGUCGAGGCCGUUGUCAAGAAAUCGGAAAACGCCGAUGAAGUCGAGAAAGACAAUGCAAGCAAAGAAACCAAGGAAAGCGAGAGGGCUGUGGUUUCAGAAGUCUUCAAUCGGAUUGGAAGGCUUGUUUGUCAAAAUAGCGCAAACGCCGUAGUCAUUGCUUCGGGCAUUGCAUACAAUGUCUAUCUAGCUGGUGGCGUCGUCUCAAAGUCGUUUCGCCCGAGCUUGUUGCUCUUUUCCUCGUUUGUUGCGAAUGCUCAAGCUACGGAUAACUUGACCUCGAAGGUGGACGGCAACACCAAAGCGAUUGAGCUCUUGAAAGCGAAAGUGGAAGGCAACACCAACAGCAUUGAGGAGUUGAAAGCGAAAGUGGAAGGCAACACCAACAGCAUUGAGGAGUUGAAAGCGAAAGUGGAAGGCAACACCACCAGCAUUGAGGAGUUGAAAGCGCAAGUGGAAGGCAACACCAAAGCGAUUGAGCUCUUGAGCAUCAAGGUGGAUGAAAACUCACAAGACACAAAAGAAGUGAAAGUGAUGGUAGGCAACAUGGACAAGAAAUUCGAUAUUCUCCUAGAUUCAUUUCGUGAGAUGACAAACGGUCGCGUCCCAAGCGAAAGUACGACAAGAUCUUAA